AUGGCGCAGGGCGAAUCGGAGAGGGUGCGCGAGGCACAGAAGUUGGCCAAGUCAGACCCGCGGAAAGCAGAGCAGAUCUACCAGGGAAUCAUUUCGAAGCCGCCGUCGGUGACGUCCGAUGCGGCUAUAAGAGAAUAUGAAUCGGCCCUUGUCAGCUUGGGGGAGCUUUAUCGGGACCAAAAGAACACAAACGAGCUUGUGGGCUUGGUAACCAAGAGCAGGACAGUGUUGUCCUCGUUCGCGAAGGCCAAGACAGCGAAGCUGGUCCGCCAACUGCUCGAUCUCUUCGAUGCCAUUCCAAACUCGCUCGAUGUCCAGAUAUCGGUCACAAAAUCCUGCAUAGAAUGGGCUACUUCAGAGCGUCGGAGCUUCCUCCGGCAGAAUCUCGAGACCCGUCUCGUGACGCUCUACAUGGCCAAGCAGUCCUACUAUGACGCGCUGACGCUCAUCAACAGCUUGUUGCGCGAGCUCAAGCGCAUGGACGACAAGCUGGUUUUGGUUGAAGUCCAGCUCCUCGAGUCCCGUGUCUACCACGCCUUGGGCAACAUCGCCAAAGCUCGCGCCGCCCUCACCAGCGCCCGCACCUCGGCCGCGUCGGUCUACACGCCGCCGCUCCUGCAGGCCAACCUCGACAUGCAGUCAGGCAUGCUGCAUGCCGAAGACAAGGACUUCCAAACGGCGUACAGCUACUUCAUUGAGGCGCUGGACGGCUACCACACGCAGGACGAGGCGGGGCGGGCGCAGGCGGCGCUGCAGUACAUGCUGUUGUGCAAGAUCAUGCUGAACCUGGUGGACGACGUCAACCAGCUGAUGACGUCCAAGCAGGCGCUCAAGUACGGCGGCCCGUCGCUGGAGGCGAUGAAGGCGGUGGCGCGGGCGCACGCGAACCGGUCGCUCGACGAGUACGAGCGCGCGCUGGCGGUGUACAAAUCCGAGCUCGGCAGCGACACCUUCAUCCGGAACCACCUCCGGCGGCUGUACGACACCAUGCUGGAGCAGAACCUGAUCAAGGUGAUCGAGCCCUUCAGUAGGGUCGAGAUCGACCACAUCGCCAAGAUGGUCUCGCUCGACACGCAGGCGGUCGAGCGCAAGCUGUCGCAGAUGAUCCUCGACAAGGUCAUCAUCGGCGUGCUCGACCAGGGCGCCGGCUGCCUCAUCAUAUAUGACGAGACGCAUCGGGACGAGGCGUACGACGCGGCGCUGGCGACGAUCGAGAAGCUCAGCAAUGUGGUGGACGUCCUCUACACGAACCAAGCAUCGAUGUUGGAAUGA